AUGGUCGAUCAUCUACGAGGGGCCGACAAGGCCUGGAGAAUCGUUGACUUGGACGACUAUUUCCGCAAUAAACGCGACUGGGUAGAUCCACAACAAUCCUUUUCGUCGAACGGUGGGCCUCUAGCUUCGUUGACAGAUUCUACUACUCAAAUGACGAUCGUGGCCUACCUAUAA